UUACAGGCUCAGCUGAUGUUGUUAUGGAAGAUCCCUCUCGAUUAAUUGGGAAUUGUCCAGUGGUGGAAAUAGAAAUGGGGGGUGUUAUAGUUCCCUGCCUGUUGGAUACUGGGUCCAUGGUCACCACUAUUCGAGAGAGUUUCUUUGAGAAGCACUUCAGGUCACAGGGGGUGGGGCAUUUAAAGAAAUGUCAAUGGUUACGCCUUAGGGCAGCUAAUGGGUUGAGAAUCCCCUAUACAGGCUACAUGGAGCUUGAUGUGACUGUUUUUGGUGGCACCCUGACAAAAAUGGGUGUGUUAGUGGUGGAGGACCCUCCAGAUGGGAGCGUUCAGCAGCCACAGAGUGUGCCUGGCCUCUUGGGGAUGAAUAUCAUUAGCCGUUGUUACCACCUACUCUUUGAGCAGUUUGGCCCUCGCCUGUUUGAAUCUCCUGCCCUUGAAAAUGCCAGUAAGACGUGGAAAGAGACACUUCAUAAGUGUCAGCGCAUUGAGGCUUUGAAUACAUCCGGGUAUUUAGGUAAAGCAAAAGUCCACGGUCGAGCGGUUUGUGUCCCUGCUGGUUCGUUGAAAUGGAUACGUACUAGCUGCCCCUCUGCUGCUAACAUUAACCUUCCGUCAGUGCUCCUGGAGCCCAUAGCGACAGGUAAUCCCCUUCCAGGGGGCAUCUUGGUUUCCCCGGCCCUCCUUUCUGUUGAACAGGGUGUUGUUGACAUUCCGGUGGUCAAUGUGGGAAUUGAGGAUGUUUGGUUACCGCCCUGUACACAACUAGGUGAAUUGCAUGUGGUGGACCCUCCAUCAUCUGGGGACUCUGUCAUUACUGAAGAGUCUGAUGAUCCCACGAUGCAGAUAAUGAUGCAUGAAGUGACUGUACAGGCGCAUCCGCACCUUGAUUUUUCCGAGCUCUCAUGGCCUAACUUGUCCAAUGAACAGUCACAACAAGGAGUGUCACUUUUGCGGAAGCAUUGCUCAGUUUUUAGCCAUGGGGAGGGAGAUUUAGGAUGUACCACGUUAGUGGAACAUGAGAUCCCUUUAAUGGAUGAUGCCCCAGUGCGACAGCGGUAUCGCCGACUUCCACCCUCUCAGUAUGAACAAGUGAAAGCCCAUAUUAAAGAUUUGUUGGAUCGGGGGGUAGUGCGUCCAAGCAGUAGCCCUUAUUCUUCUCCGAUUGUGGUGGUUUUCAAGAAAAAUGGAGAGAUUAGGCUGUGUGUCGAUUACCGUUUGCUUAAUGCCAAGACACGGAAAGAUGCUUACCCAUUACCCCGUAUUGAGGAGUCAUUAGAUGCCCUGACGGGAGCACAGUGGUUCUCUACAUUGGACCUUGCAAGUGGGUAUAAUCAAGUACCAGUGGCUGAGAAGGACAAAGCUAAGACUGCUUUCUGUACCCCUUUUGGUCUUUUCGAAUUCAAUCGAAUGCCAUUUGGGCUCUGUAAUGCCCCUAGCACCUUUCAGAGGCUAAUGGAGCGGAUUUUUGGGGAUCAAAGUUUCCAGUCCCUUUUAUUGUACCUGGAUGAUAUUGUUGUGUUUUCAUCCUCCUUUGAGCAGCAUCUGGAGCGUCUUGACCUGGUCUUAACACGCCUCAAAGAGCACAAUCUAAAGUUGAAGCUGGAGAAGUGUCACUUUUUCCAGCCGGAGGUUCAAUACCUCGGGCAUGUAAUAUCUGCUUCUGGGGUGGCGACUGACCCUUCUAAGAUUAGUGCAGUGGCUGAGUGGGCACGACCAACUACUUGUACAGAGCUACAGUCAUUUUUGGGAUUUGCCUCAUACUAUCGGCGUUUUGUUAGAGGUUUUGCCAAGUAUGCUGCCCGCUUCACCGGCUGGUGGGCGAGUUGGGAGGUACCAAGAAGAAACGUAGAAGUGGUGCCAGUGGGGCAAUGUGUCAUCUUUGGAGUGAGGAAUGUGAGAAUGCAUUCCAAACACUAAAAAGGCUGCUGGUUAGUGCCCCAGUAUUGGCAUAUGCAGAUUUUGCUAAACCUUUUGUCCUUGAGAUAGAUGCUAGCCAGGCAGGUUUAGGGGCAGUUUUAUCUCAGGAGCAAGAAGGAAAGAGACGGCCAGUUGCUUUUGCUAGCCGGGGCCUGCGACCUAGUGAAAGGAAUAUCUAAUUAUAGU